GGGCCUGAUUAACUUGAUACGGCGACCCCGAGAGCGAUUACGUUCCUGCAUGCGCGAAUGCGAGUGAGAUAAGCAGUCGACAGUCGACACACGGCUCCGUCGUGGAAAAUGGCUUUGCUCGCGAGGAACCUCUGCAAAACGUUCUCUCAGGCUGCUCAGAAGAGCACAGUGAGGGCUCUACACGUAGGAGCAAUACGGCAGCAAGAAUCAGCAGUAGAACAAGAAAGGAAGACGAAAUGCACUUUGAUACCAGGAGACGGUGUUGGCCCGGAGCUUGUGGUUGCAGUUCAGAACGUGUUCAAGGCUGCGGACGUCCCGGUCGACUUCGAGCCUUAUUUCCUGUCGGAAGUGAAUCCCACUCUAAGCGCUCCCCUGGAUCAGGUCUCCAAUAGUAUUGCUAGGAACCAAGUUUGCUUAAAGGGUAUCCUGGCGACUCCGGAUCACUCCAUGACCGGAGAGUUGCAGACCUUGAAUAUGAAGCUACGUAAAAGUCUAGAUCUGUACUCGAACGUGGUACACGUAAAGUCUCUGCCGGGUGUAAGAUCGCGCCACCAGAACGUCGACUGCGUCAUCAUCAGGGAGCAAACGGAGGGAGAGUACUCCGCGUUGGAGCACGAGUCCGUAAAGGGGGUGGUUGAAUGCCUGAAGAUCGUAACUGCCACCAAGAGUCAGAGAAUCGCGAAGUUCGCCUUCGACUACGCCGUGAAGAAUAAUCGCAAGAAAGUCACGUGUGUUCACAAAGCCAACAUAAUGAAGCUCGGCGAUGGGCUCUUCCUCAAGUCGUGCCAGGAGAUCGCGAAACUGUAUCCCAGGAUCACGUUCGAGACGAUGAUCGUCGACAAUUGUACCAUGCAGAUGGUAUCCAAUCCGCACCAGUUUGACGUGAUGGUGAUGCCGAAUCUGUACGGGAACAUCGUGGAUAAUCUUGCCUCUGGGUUGGUUGGUGGUGCCGGAGUGGUCGCAGGAGCCAGUUACAGUGCUGAAUGCGUCGUCUUUGAACCGGGUGCAAGGCACACGUACUCCGAGGCGGUCGGCAAGAACGUCGCGAAUCCAACGGCGAUGCUGCUGUGCGCGGUGAAGUUGCUGAACCACGUGAAUCUCAAACGGUACGGCGAGCAGAUCCGGGAGGCGCUGAACCGCGUGCUGAACGAUGGCAAGGUGCUCACGAAGGAUCUAGGCGGGCAGAGCUCGACGACGGAGUUCACCGCCGCCGUGAUAAACAGCCUGCGCUAACGUGAAUACUCGUGUGACAUAGUUGGACAUGGACUCCGCAAUGUAAUUCUGUAAUCCUGACGGAAAAGCGGUCGUCCGGAAUAUCCGGAACGGUUACGUGAAUCGUAGUGCCCCGCGCCUGUUAUAUACCUCUAACUUACACAUGAUAAAGUUUUUGAAAUUGUACAAUCCUAGAAGUCAGCCCUGCAAUCUCCAUCCCUGCGACGAUAACAAAUUGUAAUGUUCUGUUCUGCGAACAGAUAGAAACUUGAAAUGAGUUUUGUGCGCGUUGCUCUGUCGUCUAAAAGCGAUACACAGAGCGCACAGAGAUUAGCUGUAUAACAAUUAUACAGCUUAUGAUAAUGCAACUUGUAUGAUAUCUAUACAUAAUAAAUAACGCUAUCUCAU